GAGGGGCCGGGAGCUGGUGCUGAGCAGAGAGAGCUGGGCUCUGGGCUGAUUCAUUGCCCUCAGCCUGCCCUUAUAUCGAGUUACCGGAGUGAUUGGCGGCGCCAGGCGGGCGGCUGGAAGGAUGUCCCUUCCUUGGGGUGGAGGGAGAAUCAGUGAGCGGUAGCCGGGCGGAGCGAGUGUGAGAGAGCCGGGAGGAAGGAGGCAGCAGCUCUGUGUGAGUGUGUGUGAGAGAGAGAGAGAGAAGGGGGGGCCGGGGCGGUGUGUCUGAUGGGCCGGAGAUGUUGGCCAGGAAAGGCCUGGUGCCCGAGGAGUAUGUGCUGCGGCUGGUGGAGGACGUGUCGAGGCCCCGGUACCGGGCCCGGGAGCGCAAGGUGCGCUUCGUGGCCAAGAACGGCGCGUGCAACGUGGCGCACACCAACAUCCGAGAGCAGGGCCGCUUCCUGCAGGACGUCUUCACCACCCUGGUGGACCUCAAGUGGAGGCACACGCUGCUGAUCUUCACCAUGUCGUUCCUGUGCAGCUGGCUGCUCUUCGCCAUGAUCUGGUGGCUGAUCGCCUUCGCGCACGGCGACCUGCACCGGCCCCGGGACGGCGGCCCGGUGCCGUGCGUGACCAGCCUGCACUCGUUCACCUCGGCGUUCCUGUUCUCCAUCGAGGUGCAGGUCACCAUCGGCUUCGGGGGCCGCAUGAUCACCGAGGAGUGCCCGGCCGCCAUCACCGUGCUGCUGGCGCAGAACAUCGUCGGCCUGGUCAUCAACGCCAUCAUGCUGGGCUGCAUCUUCAUGAAGACCUCGCAGGCGCACCGCCGCGCCGAGACGCUCAUCUUCAGCCGCCACGCGGUGGUGUCGCCGCGCAACGGCCGCCUGUGCUUCAUGUGCCGCGUGGGCGACCUGCGCAAGAGCAUGAUCAUCGGCGCGACGGUGCGCCUGCAGCUGGUCCGCCAGACCGCCACCGCCGAGGGCGAGGUGCUGCCGCUCGACCAGGUCGACGUCGAGGUGGACAACCCGGUGGGCGGCGGCGGCAUCUUCCUGGUGGCGCCGCUCAUCAUCGCGCACGUGAUCGCGCCCGGCAGCCCGCUGUACCCGCUGCGCGCCGCCGACCUGCAGCGCCGCCAUUUCGAGGUCGUCGUCAUCCUCGAGGGGGUGGUGGAGACCACCGGCAUCACCACGCAGGCGCGCACCUCCUACCUCUCCGACGAGAUCCUGUGGGGCCGCCGCUUCGUCGCCGUGGUCGGCCACGAGGACGGCCGCUACUCGGUCGACUACUCCAAGUUCGGCAACACCGUGCCGGUGCCCAUGCCCGAAGACGACGCCCAGGCCGCGCCGCACGCCGCCACCUUCGACAUCUUCCCGCCGGCCCGCAGGAGGAAGCUCACGGGGCCGCACCGCAACCACUCCGACACCGGGGAUGAGGAGGAGCAGGGAAGCAGCGACAGGCCAUGAAGCACACAGGCAGGCAGGGACAGCUCCCCAAACCCAAGGGAACCUGGCACCCAGUGGAGGCAGAACGUGUGUUUGGGGUGAUUGCAACUAUGAUGGCAAUCACAGCCAUCUGUAUCGCAUUGCUGCUCAUCUGUUGCUGGAACCCAGAUACCUACAUUGAAUCCAGAAUGAAUCCUGGGCGGAUACUUCAUCCCGGAAAAUUGCUGAUUGUAAUUCUGGUGCCAACUGCUCUACUAUAUUUCAUUGCAUGGUCUUUGUUCACCAACCGUCACAUGGAACAAAUGAAGAAUGAUAUCACACAAUUUGGCUCUGCGUACUGGAUGGGAAUGUGUGCUUGGUUCACACUUCUAGUUAUUUUACCAAUUAUUUAUUUGAUAGAGCAGUGCUCACAUCAAGAACCUGAUAUAUCAAUAUGAACAGGAACUCAACAUUUUAGGAGUGUGUUUCAAUAUGAGAAUCAUGUGAACCUGUAUAAAGUCAUUCCAACUUCUUACAACCACCAGACUGGGAAUAUCAAGAUUAUCUUCACGGAAAGUUCAGUCGGGAGAUUGAAUUUGAAACACAGUCUCCUUUAGGAACUGCAGAAGUAAUACCUGGACAGGAUUUUGAAAAUUAUUCUUGAGGACUCUUUUUGAGAGCUACUUAUUGACUUUGGGGGGGGCGAUUUCUUUUGAUUUUCAGGGUAUACAUUUUUCAUUCUCACUUGCUCAUUGAUUUAGUGAUUAUGUUCAUCACAACAUUCCAUCCUAUAUUUGUGUUGACAUAUAGAGUAUUUGGACUCAGAUGCAGAAUUAAAAGCUUUUAGCAAUAUCUUCAAUAGUUAUCAAUCCUCCAUUAAAUUUAAAGCCACAACACACAAAGAUUGCAGUGAAUCCUUGUGUAGUAUUUAAAUUGGCCUGUUAAUUUUAAGAAUAACUGCCACAGACUUCUACACAGGAAAAAGAAAUCCUAAGUGCACUUUCCACAUUGGCACAGUCAUAAUUUAAGUACUUCCAUUAUGUGUUCACAAAACUGGAACAUUUUAACUAGUUAUUAUCCUUUUUAAUAUCCAUGAAAGUAGGCUGUAUAUUUCCUCUAUAAUAGCUUCUGAACUAUGCAGCAUUAAGAUAGAGAUUCCACAUUUACAAGUAAUUCAUUAACUCAGUGAUUUCAAGUUUACUUAGCUUCUAGUUAGCCGAGUGUUCCUGUUAUGCUUGAAACAGUUGUUGCUUCAUAAAAGUCUCUCUCUCUCUCUCUCUCUCUCCCUCCUCAACUCCUUCUCUGUCUUGUGUCCUCUAUGUCUCCUGGUCAGUCCCUCUUGCUGACAUCAUCUCCCUCUGUCACUCCCCUUACACUCUCCCUCUCUCUCUCACCACUCCAUCUUGCAGCAUCUGUUUCACCUGCCCCAUAGUUCCCUCCCAGCAGCUUCCUCUCUCAAAUUCUUGCAGCUUCUGACUCUCUUACCCCAAACCCUUCUUGCAACCUUCUCAACUCAUCCACCCCAUUCCUAUCCCAAUGACUCCCCUGUCUCCAUCUAUCUCUCUUGCACUUUACUAGUCUUUCCCCAUUCCCCCAGCAGUUGCUGCCCUGCGCUUCCUUCUAGCUGUGGUAAAUGGUAGCCUUGCCCAUUCAUUCCCAUACCCCUACUCUUGACCCCAAGACCUCAGUUCUCAGUGGAGCCCAUGGUUCCCUCACUGCCAGCACUUCAUUGCCUCACACUCAAUGCUCCUCCAACCACAUGUUGUUUCAUUUCCAGAUUGUUGCCGAUGGACUCACUAAUGAGCCAACCAGCAAGGGAGAACCAGCCAUUGAUUGGAAAAGCAAUUUCUAACCACUUAAUUCCAUUCAAUUUGCAGAGACCACUUUUCUUGGAUUGGUUAGCCAUGUAGGUGAAUUCUCUCAGUUGAUUUCAGGGAUAUUGAGAGCAGAUGCCAUGACCACACACACACACACACACACACACACACACACAAAGAGGAAAUGUGAUUGUAGUGACGAUGUUUCACAUGUGUAAAUUUUGACAGACAUGUUCAACUGACAGUUGUAAUUUGUAUUUAAACAAUAAAGUGCAAUGGUUUUCACAUGCUAUUGUAAGAAAUAAGA